AGGGCAUCUGUACUUAUUCUAUAGAGUCGAUCAUUCAUUCUUAUUCUGCUAAAACUGCUCAGUCUCACGCUUCGAGCCCUCUUUGCCACCCAGCGCAGUUCUGCUACUUUGCCCAUCUUUUUAUGGCACCAAACUUUUUCUCCAAGCUCGUCGCCAACAAGGGCGGCCAGGAUGGCUCGAACUCUCGCGCGACCUCGCCUGAUGGAUCGACGGUUGGAAACGACAGCCGUCAGCGAGCGUUCUCGUCCCCGGGCAAGCCUCCCAACAACCGACUCGGUCAGAACCUCACCGUCGGGCCACAGCAGAACAGACGAGGAGUUUCACCGAGUGGAUCGACGAGCUCACAGACCAGUCUUCUCGUGAGCGUCGUCCCACCUUCGCCGAGGAGCCACAGCGACUCGUUCCCGAGCACCCGAGAGCCGAGCCUCAAUGAUGGUGCGGAUGGCCAUGGGGGUGGACAGGCGUCUAACUCGAACGAGGGUGAACAGGACAGUCGUGGUAGGCGAGCGCAUACCGUUUCACUCGUCCAAGGCUCGUCGCCGUCCAGUAUUGACGAUCUCGACGGACUCACGACACCGACACCAAACCACCCCUACGCUGACGGCUUCAUGAGCAGGAGACUCACUCCUUCGUCGUCCACGGGCAAUCUCAAGCUCGAGCAUCACCGUUCGUCCAACGACCGUUCACGCUCCCGCUCCCGUCCUUCGUCGCCAAACACCAAAAAGCAGGCCGAGAAUGGUACUCAACCACCUCCCGUGCCGUCGCCGCGUCAGCACAUGAACACCCUGCCCGACCUGAGGCCUGCCGGUUCCACAAUCUCCAAUGCCAGUGCCCCCUCCGAUGGCGGCGACUCAGUCACCACCUCUCCGACUUCCUACACACAUCCACGACAGGGAAUCGACCCGCAGAUGCUCGUCGCCUCGAACGCGCAGCGAGACAGCGACGCGGCCUCCAUCAAAUCAAACGUCUCGUCCAGCAAGAAACGGCUCUGGCAGCGCAACCAGGCGAACCCGCCAGACUCGAAUUCCGUCCCACAAUCAUCACCGUACAAAGGCCGACCGCCCAAACGUAAUAAAGCCCCAACCGGGCUUGCCUCCGCGAUCGCAGCCUCGGGUCUUUCGAUGGCCAACGCUACCGCGUCUGUCUCCCAACUCACACCUGCCGCGGAGCUCGUCAGAGAGCUUCGAGAGGAACAACCGAAGAGGACGCGGACGACGAGCGCGUAUUCGCCCAGGUCGUCGACUGAGAACCCUGCGUUUACGAUGUCGCCGAAGUCUUCGCCGUCUUUGCAUCGUCCGAGGGGCGAUUCGCUUUCUGUGCCCGUGACGGAUAUGGCCGAUUCAGAUUCGAAUUAUGUGUCGUCGGCUGGGUCGAGCGACGAGGAGGUGGACGAGGACGAUGAGGACGAGGAGUUGUUGAGGGAUUUGAAUGAGGAAGAUAUACCUGUGACGGGCUUUGCGGUGGCGAGCAACAAACGAAACGCGGAUUUCCAUGACCUGUUCCCUAGUGUGCCAGAGGGGGAUUAUCUGAUUGAAGACUAUGGUUGUGCUCUUCAGCGCGAGAUUCUCAUUCAAGGGCGGAUAUACAUAUCUGAAAACCAUAUAUGUUUCCACGCUAACAUCUUCGGUUGGAUCACGGAUCUCAUCGUCCCCAUAUUUGAGAUUCUCGCUUUGGAACGCAAGAUGACCGCGUUCGUCAUUCCCAAUGCUAUCCAAAUCACCACCCGCAACGCCAAGUACACCUUCGCCUCCUUCCUCGCUCGCGACACCGUCUAUGACGUAAUUUACAAUAUCUGGCGGCUGUCCCGCCCAGAAGACAUCAUCCCCGACGAGGGCGGCCGUAACGGUUUAGAUGGGCAUGACCUGCCGGCGAUCGGUUCGGUAGGAGGCUUGCCCGUCAGCGGCGAAGUGGUCGCGAACGGGGAUGGGGCGGCGAGAGUCUUGGCGAGGAAGGCAACGCAAUGUCAGUGUGGAAAGGAGGGAAAGCAUUUCACUGAGCUGGCGAUGGAUGUCGUGUUUCCUGGAACUGUGGAACAGAUAUACAACCUGAUGUUUGCGAGCGGGUUCAUGAAAGAUUUCAUGCGGGAGGACCAGAAGCUCGAGAACCUUCAAAUCUCGGAUUGGGCACCUGCGUCCGACGACCCGAAAUCUCUUUCUCGUAAUAUGUCGUAUAUCAAACCUCUGUCGGGCAGUAUUGGCCCGAAGUCGACGAAGUGCGAGCUCAAGGACGAGACUGUCCACUGCGAUUUCGAGGAUUCAGUCGUGAUGCUCACGACGACGAGGACACCAGACGUGCCUUCUGGUGGCGUGUUCUCCGUCAAGACGAAAACAUGUAUCACUUGGGCGAGCGCAGUGAGCACCAGGGUCGUCGUCACCACGCAGGUCGAGUGGACUGGCAGGAGUUUCAUCAAAGGGAUCAUCGAGAAAUCCGCCCUCGACGGCCAGAAGACCUACCAUGUAGACCUCGAGGCAGCUAUCAGAGGAUACAUUAAAGAACAUCAGUCAGAGUUUAUCCCUGCCGGUGUCGAUCUCGCCGCCGUCGAGGCCGUCUCGCCCGACGUCUCCCUCGACAAACCUCCCGGAACGCCCACUCUCGGCUCCUCCCCUGCGCUCUCAUCCGCCGAAGCCCAGAAAGCGCGAGAGCACGAACGGAGCCAGCGAUCUCUCCAAUGGGCAUACGAUACCUUCGAGGGUGCCUACAAUGUUGCGAAGCAGUCUACCAAAGGCGCACUGGAACUCAUCUCGGACGCGUGGGAUCAGAGUAGUGGGAGUACGAUCCUUUGGUUCGUCAUUGUCAUACUGGUGAUCUCAAACAUAUGGACCGUGUUGGUGAUGGGCGGGAAGAGAGAGGAGGCGGGGAGGAGAAAGGAACUGAAGAAGUUGGAGGAGAGGGAGAAGUGGGUACAGGGUGUUGUUACGGGAAUCUGGGAGGAGAUGGCAGCAGGGAGGAUACCGACGUCAGCCGUACCGGACUCGCCAGUUCAACCACCUGCGCAUCUAUUCGAGCCACCUUCAUCUCAAGAAGGUACGAGUGGCACUGGGGACGGGCCUAGGGAUUUGAAGAAGGAAGUGGGUGAGAUAACGAAGGCAUUGGAUGCGAUUGAGGAGAGGAUGAAGAGCAUCCGGAAGAGCCUGGAGGAUGUGGAUUAAGAUGGUCGGUGUCUCCUUUCCUUUUUUUUCUUGGCUUCUUGACUUCCGCCUAACCAUGCGUGGCUGUAUUUAUCCGUAUUCUUCUGGGCCUCUCUCUCGAAUCUACUUACCGGUUAUUUGUGGAUCGCUGUCUCCCUCUCUUUCUUUGUUGCCCUUUUCUUGUCACGCUGGUGCAAUGUACAUGUACGCGCAGUCUGGUUUGCUCAUCCGCCUCUCUUUUCACGUUAUUCCUUCUCUUAAUCACCUCGGACUCGCACUCGGACGAUCUUGACUGCUAUUAAGUGCCUCUCUCGCUCGCUCGCUAUCACUGUUACUUAUCACAUUCACGAUAUUGUCUCUAGACUUGCGAUCCGCAAUAAACAUGAUAUAUUG